GCUUCGUGUUCGUGUUGGAAGAUGGCAGAGGGAAACAACGAGGAGCUGAUUCACCUGAACAACUUCCACUGCCAUCGGGGGCAAGACUGGAUCAGCCUUCGAGAUGGCCCCAUCACCAUCUCUGACUCCUCUGAUGAGGAAGGGAUGCUCACCCUGGCCACCCCGGCACCCCAGCGACAGGAAGAAGAGGACUUGGAUGAUGACGUCAUCCUGACGGAAACAAGGCAACCUCAGACACCACGACCCAAUCUCAUCAAACCAGCUGCUCAGUGGCAAGACCUGAAAAGGUUGGGAGAAGAGAGGCCUGCGAGGUCGAGAGCAGCGUGUGAAUCCGGGAAGAGCAACUGCUUUGCAGCGUGCAGCAACCCACUGUUUAAUCCUGGGAGACAGGGGGAGUCUGAGGGUGACUAUGGGGAGUUUCUGCGUCUUGGGCCUCCUGGGAUGCCUGGAUUUGCUAAACCAAGAGGUCAGAGAGAACCUAGACCCGGACCAAGUCGUAAGCAAGCGGCAAGGGACAUGUUCAAGCCCAGAUCAGAUCAGAAGGUCAUUGUCUUGCAGGAGAACAGCCUUCUUUUCCCAGCAAGUGAUCCUUUGAAAACUACAAACCAGUUAUUGGAAGACUCUGAGCCAGACCUUUUAUCAGAUCUUGGAGAGUCAGCCGGUGUGGUCGACGAUCAGGUCAUUGAAGAGGACUGCUGGCUGCACCAUCCUUACCUCCAAUCCCUGCGCCCGCAGCCCCUUGAGAUAACCAACCAGGUCGUUCCGCAGGAGCGACAGCGGGAGGCAGAGCUAGGCCUUCUGUUGUUCCAGCCCGAACUCCCGGGGCCAGCUUUCCCAAGGCCAGAGCCCCAGCAGGACAGGAUUCCAGGCCCUGCUUCCGCUCAGGCUGCCCAUCCUCUGGGAGGACUGGAAGACCAACAGUUAGCAAUCCAAGAUGAGGAGCCAGGGCCAGCCUUCCCACUGCGAGGACCUCAGGACACCAACUCCGAAAAUCUGUGGGGACAGGAAGCUGCUGAAGUGGAUCAAGAACUUGUUGCACUACUAGUUAAAGAAACAGAAGCAAGAUUUCCAGAUGUAGCAAAUGGAUAUAUUGAAGAAAUAAUUCAUUUGAAGAAUUAUUAUGAUUUGAAUGUACUUUGCAAUUUUCUUCUGGAAAAUCCAGAUUAUCCAAAGAGAGAAGAUCGAGUCAUUGUGAACCCCAGCAGCAGCCUGCUUGCCAGCCCAGAUGAGACAAAGCUCCCUAAAGUAGACUUUUUUGACUAUUCCAAAUUGGCUCCUCUUGACCAGCGCUGCUUCAUCCAAGCUGCCGACCUGCUGAUGGCCGACUUCAAGAUGCUCAGCAGUCAGGACAUCAAGUGGGCCCUGCACGAGCUCAAGGGACACUAUGCAAUCACCCGCAAGGCCUUUUCUGAUGCCAUUAAAAAAUGGCAGGAACUAUCACCAGAAACCAGCGGAAAAAGGAAAAAGAGAAAAGAAAUGAAUCAGUUUUCUUACAUAGAUUUCAAGUUUGAACAAGGUGACAUAAAAAUAGAAAAGAGGAUGUUCUUCCUGGAAAACAAGCGGCGACACUGUAGGUCCUAUGACCGGCGUGCCUUGCUUCCGGCCGUGCAGCAGGAGCAGGAGUUCUAUGAGCAGAAGGUCAAAGAGAUGGCAGAGCAUGAAGAUUUUCUGCUUGCCCUGCAGAUGAAUGAAGAACAGUAUCAGAAGGACGGCCAGCUGAUCGAGUGCCGCUGCUGCUAUGGGGAGUUUCCCUUCGAGGAGCUGACCCAGUGCGCAGACGCUCACUUGUUCUGCAAAGAGUGUCUCAUCAGAUACGCCCAGGAGGCAGUCUUCGGGUCUGGAAAGUCAGAGCUGAGCUGCAUGGAAGGCAGCUGCGCAUGCUCGUUCCCGACCAGCGAACUGGAGAAGGUGCUUCCGCAGACCAUCCUGUCCAAGUACUACGAACGGCGAGCUGAGGAGGAGGUCGCGGCGGCCUACGCCGACCAGCUGGUCAGGUGCCCCUCCUGUAGCUUCCCUGCUCUGCUGGACAGUGACGUGAAGAGGUUCAGCUGUCCUAACCCGCGCUGCCGAAAGGAAACUUGUAGAAACUGCCAAGGGCUCUGGAAAGAACACAACGGCCUCACCUGUGAAGAGCUGGCCGAGAAGGAUGACAUCAAGUACAGGACAUCUAUAGAGGAGAGAAUGACCGCCGCCCGCAUUAGGAAAUGCCACAAGUGUGGGACCGGCCUCAUCAAGUCCGAGGGCUGCAACCGCAUGUCUUGCCGCUGUGGUGCCCAGAUGUGCUACCUCUGCCGAGUGCCCAUCAGUGGGUACGACCACUUCUGUCAACACCCACGCUCUCCAGGAGCCCCUUGCCAGGAGUGUUCCAGGUGCUCCCUCUGGACUGACCCCACUGAGGAUGACGAGAAGCUCAUUGAGGAGAUCCAGAAGGAGGCUGAGGAAGAACAGAAAAGGAAGAAUGGAGAGAACACAUUCAAACGCAUCGGGCCCCCGCUGGAGAAGCCCCCUGAGAAGGUGCAGAGAAUGGAGCCCCUGCCAAGGCCCGUCCCGCAGAACCUGCACCAGCCGCAUAUGCCGCCCUACGCCUUCGUGCACCCACCCUUCCCACUGCCGCCUGUCCGGCCCAUGUUCAACAACUUCCCACUCAACAUGGGACCCAUCCCGGCACCCUACGUGCCCCCUCUGCCCAAUAUGAGGGUUAACUACGACUUUGGCCCCAUUCACUUGCCCCUGGAGCACAACCUGCCCAUGCACUUUGGUCCCCAGCCACGGCAUCGCUUCUGACCCCCGGAGCUCCUGCCACCACUGGGCAGCCAUGGAGUCGGGGGGGGUGGAUUUUGGAUGGAGAAUCCCCCAAGGACUAAUGGUUCUGCCCAUGCCUUCAGUAGGAUGGUGGGGUAGACUCCUUUUCCUCCUGCACCUGUUUUGGGACGGGCCCCUGCCCCUUGAGUGGCACCGCGGGCCGGUGCCCUUCGGGUGCCUCAAACAGUACUGGUGUGGCACUCUGAGGUUCCAAGAGAAAGAGGCAGCAAAGCCCUCUCCCCCAAGAGCUCCACCAUCU